AUGAUGAGACCAACGCUGAUGACGAUGAGAAGCAGCGCUUCGAGUUCGUCGACAAAGAACACGAGUAAGAGUCCUAAUUGCGAAAGAAGAAGAGGAACCAGAAAUGGGAGGCGUGUUUUGAACAAAAGCAACAACGAAAAUUUUGGGAAGAAAAGAAGUCAAAGAAGAAGUCACAACAACUUUGGAGAUUCCGAUGAUGAUGUAAUUCAGAUUAGUGACGAGGCGGAACCAAUCACAUCGUCUAGGAGGAGUAAAGAAGACAACAAAGAAGAAGACAAAGACAAAACUUUGUUCGAGGAAAGGCUCAAAACGACCGCGAUUUCUAUCUGUGCGGUGGUAUCCAUAUCGUCCGCUUUUUGCGUGGACCCAGCUUUGGCUGGUUUUGGCGCCCCGACCGGGGCGGUGUUGUCCCCACCGGUGAAUACGAUUCGGAUGGAUAAAUUAGAAAAAAUGAACGACGAGGCGAAAAAACGCCUCUCUGGAAUAACCACGACCGGGAACAUCGAUAUUCUUUUACAAGAACUGAACGAGUUACAACAGCUCGAUACGAAAGAGCUGGACGAUAUGGACGCGGAGAGAGCGCUGCUCAUGGCGAAUUCUGUGAAGGAAAAUUUGGACACGUUUAGCGAGAGCGAAAAGGCGUCGGAGAUGAACGAGCAAAAGAUGAGGUUGUUGAAUAAGAGGAAAGAGGAGGCGGAGUUGGUGCAACGAUUAGUCGAUCGACGCGUGGCGUUGGGGAAGUUGAAUAACCAAACGCCUUUGAUCGUGUACGGCUCUGCGUUAGCGGCGAGUUUGAUUGCGAAUACGACCAUGCACCCGGUGGAUACGAUGAAGGUGAGGCGAAUCACCUUGAAGAGUCGAAGGAAUAUUGAAGAGAGAGAUUCGAUGGAUGAGUUAGAUAACAAUAUCAACAGAGGAUCGGGAGGAAGAGGAGGAGAAGCGUCGACGUCGAUGAGUUUUGAUGACUCUGGCGUGGCGACCAUGCAAGCGCCGACGGCGACGGCGACGGCGGGGAAAAUCCAGGAACAAAAACCGUACGAACCGACGAUGAACGAAAUCAUGGGCGAAGGCGGGUUCAUGUCUUUAUACGACGGUUUAGGCCCGAACUUAGCGAAAGAAGGCGUACCGUUGACGUUAUAUUUAGGCGUUUACGAAACCGUGAAACUGUCUUUGCUCGACAAUACUGCGUUCUUCAACGAGCACGUCAUUUUGUGUUACUUGCUUGCCGGCGGGUGCGGCGAAUUCAUCGCGUCCCUCAUUCGAGUGCCCGCGGAGGCGGUGAAAUCGAGAACGCAAACCGGGGCUACCAUUCCGGAAGCGAUUCAAUCGAACUUUAAGAGUGCGCGCGGACGCGAGAAUAUUUUCAAAACUUGGACGGUGGCGGUCGUGAGAGACAUUCCGUUCGGAGCUAUUCAAAUCGCGUUAUUCGAGUCGCUCAAAUUAGUCCUCACGUCGCAAGAACACGCGCCGUUUGAUCCAAACUCGCUGUUAGGUGAAGCCAUUUUAGGUGCGUGCGGCGGUAUCGCCGGGAGUUUAAGCGUUACACCGUUGGAUGUCGUCGUCACUCGAUUGAUUCAACAAAUGGAAUCCGCGGACGCGGCUCAAGAUAGCAUUUUAAUGAGCCAAGAGGAAGGCGAAGCGAUGACGCCGGCCAUGGAAAGGAACAGUAACGUCGACGGUCCGUUUGAAAUGGUUCAGAAAAUCUACGCGGAAGGAGGAGCUGGUGCGUUUUGGAGCGGUGCGCAAGAACGCGUGUUAUAUUGGGGACCAGCCGUGGCUAUUUUCCUCUCCGCGUAUUGCCGAAUUCGGCAAAGUUUUUUGUAG